CUAAAAGACACUGAAGCAAAAGUGAGGAGCGGCGAUGUUGGCGAAGAGCAAGAUGUGUCUCCUCCGUUACUACUCCCUUUUCUUGAUCGUCUUCUCUCUCAUUUCCCUCGAAGGUUUCGCCAAGAAGACGGGAGAUGUGUCUGAAUUGCAGAUCGGAGUUAAGUUUAAGCCAAAAACGUGUGAAAUUAAGGCUCACAAGGGUGAUAGGAUCAAGGUGCACUACAGGGGGAAACUUACUGAUGGAACUGUAUUUGAUUCGAGCUUCGAAAGGGGUGAUCCGUUCGAGUUUGAACUAGGAAGUGGUCAGGUUAUCAAAGGUUGGGAUCAAGGAUUGCUAGGUGCGUGUGUAGGAGAGAAGAGGAAGUUAAAGAUACCUGCUAAACUUGGAUAUGGUGAACAAGGCUCUCCUCCUACUAUCCCCGGUGGUGCAACACUGAUUUUUGAUACUGAGCUUAUUGCGGUGAAUGGAAAACCAACUGUUGGAGAAGAAGAAGAUGAAGAUGAAGAUGACGAGCUGUAACUGGAUCUCCAUUCUCUAGAUGAAACAAAGUUCUAUGGACGUUUUUUUUUCUUUGGAUGCUUUAGUUUGGCUUCUUCCUUAUAAGUUGUUAUUACUUAAAUGUUCAUCUCGGUUUGGCUUUUGGUUUUAGUUAUAGACAAAAAAAAAAGAACAACUGAAAUUAGGCGCCCAAUACUUUCAAAUAAGAACAGAAAGUAGUUUUAAAAGAAUAGUUUAUGUGUAAAAAACGUGUAAAGACCUUUGUUGAACUGA